AUGAUUGGUGAUGGACAAUCUUUCAUUGAAGGUCAUCAGCAGUGGCAAUGCCAUCGGGCUGCGACGAUCAAGAAUGAGCUCGGAGACAACUCUGGGAUCCUUGUUCUGACCGGAGGGGAGUCUUGUAUGAGCGAGUCUGUACAGCUCGACUACCUUACCUGUGACGCACUGGAUGUUAUCUCGAUCCACGCGUACGGCGUGACGGACUAUAACACGUCCUCAAUCGAGACGUACGUCCAGCAGGCGCAGGCUGCGGGCAAGCUGCUGCUGAUGGAGGAAUGGGGCGCAUGCUACUUCAACACGGACAACAAUAAUUGUCCUACCGGCGACGCGCUCUUCACGUCCGCCCGUGACGCCAACAUCGUCGGGUGGGCGGGCAAUAUCACCGCCGCUGGGCUGCCGUGGCUGUACUGGGAGGUUCUUCCCAACGCGGACCCGUGCAUUGCAUAG